UUAUAAUUUGUCAAUUUAUGUCACAAUAUUACGUAGGUAUCAAUAUUCAAUGGACAAUCAACAAUGUCAAGUAUGUACACUGAUUAGGUGAUCGUUAGAAUGAUAAAGUCAAAAAAGAAAAGAAGAGUCACUGAUGACAAGAUGGCCCCCUUUUUCAGUAAACACACAAUCUUGUCUGGUCAUAUUGAUUUUUAUUGUUUAGUUUGCGAAAAUCGUUUUUUGACAGAAGAAGAUACAAUUAAACAUAUUAUAACAGAUUCUCAUGAACAGCAAUUGGGGAAGACAAUAUAUGAGUCUAAAGAUGAUGGCAUUAAAAAAAUCAAACUAUGGUAUUUCUGUGAAUUUUGUAGUAUAGUCUUGAAAACCAAAGCUAAAGUAAGAUUACAUAUUGUGGAAAUGCAACAUGUUGCAAACAAAAAAGACCAGUUCAUAAAAAGAUAUGGAAAUGUUUUAAUUGCCUUUGACGAUGUAUACAUUGAUAAUGAAGCCUGGGAAGGUUUGUGUGAUAGCACAUGCAUUCUUUGUAAUAAUGAGUAUGAAGAUGUUUCAGAACACUUAAAAGAUCCCAUACAUCAUAUAAACUUUAUGCAAAGUAAUAUUGAAUUUCAGAACAAAAAUAUUUUCCGUCUGGUAGAUGAGGAAUCUUUUCAUUGUAUUACCUGCAAUUCUCAAGAAGCCUUGCCAGUUAAUACACAUUUUGAUGCUUCACAACAUAUAGAUAUGUAUUUAAAAUGUCAAAUGCAAGCAGCUAAACUCGUUGAUGAUCAAAACAGUGGUGAAGAAAUAUCAGCUAAAGAAAAUGAAGUUCAACAAAAAAUUGAUAUUCCUGAACUUGCUAGUAAAGAAAAAGCUAUACCUUUGGAUAUUCAAACAGAUCUCUUAAAUAUGCAAAAUGAAGAUGUGGAAAUAAAUUUUCCUAUACCAUUGUCUGAGUUAAAAAAAACUAUAUAUACAGAUGAAAAAUCUGAUCAUCCUGAAGAAAUUGUAAAUAAUACAGUCGAAACAAAUGCUUACGCAAUUGAAAACACUGUAUUUAAUUUAAAAGAAGAAGAAGAAAUUAUUUGUAAAGUUCUCGAUGCUAAUAACUAUAUUAUAAUAAAAUAUGAGGGACCCGGGAAAUGGUGCAUUUUAUGCGAUUGGGUUAUUGCUUCAUUUGAAAUAAAUGCACAUUUGACUAGUGCACACCAUAAAAAUAUUCUUAAACUACAUAAAAUGCGUAUUCAAAAAUCAAAGAACCAGGGAUAUAAAAACAAAACUCCAGUUGAACAAAAUAAAACUUUAAAGCCAUCAAACAUAGAGACUGGAAAUGAAAACAUUAAAGAAGAAUUUGAGGAAAUGGCAAAUGAGGUGCCUCAACAGAACUCAACACUUAAUUCUCCCCUGGUCUCACUCAAUAAGCCUGAAAAAAAUUCAACUAAACUUCAACAUAAUAUGAUUGUAGAUGCUUUAGAAAGAUUCCAGAAUAAUCAUAUUGAAAUUAACUUUACUAAAACGAUAGCGAUGUGUAGACUAUGUUCCACAAAAGUUGAUUUUAAUUAUAUUUCAAUUGAAGAACAUAUAGGUCAACAUGAGAAAAAGAUUAAUGAGUCAGGCCCAAAAGAAAAUUCCAAACAAGUUGAAAAUGAUUCUUGCCAGACACAACUGACUGACAGAACACUUAUAAAUUCAUUAAAACAGUUUCAGAAAAAUUAUAUUAAUAUCAAUUUUGAAACUAAGCAGGUGACAUGUAAGAAAUGUUCUAUAAAUUUAUCUUUUGAUUACGAUACUGUAAAAGGUCAUAUUUUUACACAACACAUGGACAACCUUAAAGAUAAACCAAAGACAAAACAAGAAAGUGAUACACUAUUAAAUUUAACUCCUCAAAUAAAUGAAGAAGAAAACUAUGCAAACAAAAACAACUUUAAACAUUUACCGGAUCAGAAUUUAGUUUCUUGUGAAAUAUGUAAAAUACAAGUUUCAUUUUCCUUAAAAGAUAUGGUAGAUCAUAUACAUUCAAAUGCACAUAAAUCACAAGUUGAAGCAAAUAAAACUAAAAUUGAAACUAUACCUUUAAGUGUAUUCAUCCAAACAUUAGUAACAGUAAAAACUGGUAUUUUCAAAGAUCACAUUAUAAAUAAUGAAAUUUGCAUGAAUGUACUGAGUUUUAUCUUGCUCACUAGCAUUCCAGAAGUGAAUAUGUAUAAAUGUCUAUGUUGUGAUUUGUAUCUUCAUGAAGACGAGUGGUUGCCGCAUACAAAAUCAAAAGAUCAUCUUGACGUGUUAACUUAUAUGAAAGUUGUGAUCAAUGUAAAAGAUGAAUUUAUACGACAACUACCCUCUAAUCACUAUCACUGUGGGUUUUGCAAUAUAAUAGUUAAUUGUUGGCAAGAUGUGUCAACUCAUUUAAGUACAAUAUCCCAUAAACAGUGUAAAAUUUCAGCAAAAGCCAGAUUACAAUCAUAUACUUCAUCAAUUGCUGAUUAUGAGGGUAAAGUGAGUAAUGAAUCAAGAUUUUUUUAUGAAUUUAUUUUAAAAUAAUUUUUUCAUGUAAUAUAUAUUUUUAUUUUAACUUUACAUAUAAGAUAAAAGGCUUUGUUACUCUAUAUGCCUAUACCAAAGGGAAUGGAUUUCACUAUUUGCACCUGUUAAUGGGAAUUAGUAUUAUUAUUUGUUGUUUAAGUUUAUAUUUUAAUAAACAUUUUGAGAUGGUCAAUAUUUAUUUCGAGAGAUGAAUAUGAAGAUUUAAUAGAAAUGUAUUCAAAUAAAAUAAGUUAGUACUUGGCUUUUGUACUUGUAGUUUGUUACUCUAGACCAGCAGGGCUACUGUGUAAAACCGAUUUCCAAAUGUUGCCAAUCUAACAAAGUAUGAUCGAAUAACUAUAACCACUAACGACGAAAGUCAAUUUCAUGUUGUUCUUUCAUUAUUGCGCCAGUUUAGCAGAUUAAGGGAAUUAUGUGGUACGAAAACUUGAUAUCGACGUCAUUAAUACUGUAGAUUAAUAAGGAUACAAUAUAAAAUUUGGUUAUUAUUUGUGAAAUCGGUUCAGAUUUAAAGUACAAGGAUAUGAUAUAAAAAGUAUAAUCUACAUAUAAGUAUUAACGACACUGAUUUCAAUGUUUUAUCUGUAGUGUAGUUUUGUAUAUGAUAUUUUUUGAUACUCGAUCUCUAGUGAAAUUGUAAGAAAUUACAUUUUACUGACUUUUGUAAAUAGCUUUUAAUUAUACUGUAAUUGAUAAAACUCGUUUGGUCAACGUGGAAACGUUGCUAGUUUUGAAAAAGAUAAUAGGCUAAGUCAGUCACGGUAAGUGCAGCGUAAUCUCUUAAAAACUGCCAUUCAUUCGCCACGCUAUGGCUCUUUGUAAGAUAUUUUAACUUGUCAUAAAUAAAGACUUAAUCAAAA